AUGGAAAUUUCUUGUUACUAUCAACAAUUAGAUUGGGCUGGUUUUCCAGACUCCUACACUUGUACCGUCACCUCAGCGACCAUAACUGAAGAAGGAAUUGAAAUCAAAGAUUUUAUUGGCGAACAUAUGGAAGGAAAAAGUAACAAAGAUGUGACGGCAUUGAGAUUCAACAACACUGUUGUUAGCUUUUUCCCUCGAGGAAUAUUCAAAACAUUUCCCAACUUGAAAGUUUUGGAGAUUCACAAUUGUGGAUUGAAAAAAGUUUCACGUUCUGACCUUGAAGGUCUUGAAACAUUAAAAACCUUUUAUCUUCAGAAAAAUCGCCUGAAAACUUUACCAAUCGAUUUGUUUGACGACAUGCGCGAUCUUCAAAGAAUAUUUCUAAGUGAAAACAAGGAUUUGGAGUUUAUGAGUUCAGAUAUGUUGAAUGAAGACUUAAAACAACGUUUGAAAAUCAUAACUCUAGAAAAAACUAAAUGUGUUGAUGCAUUUUAUGCCUCGGGAAUGAGUGACAGUUUGAAAUCACUUGACGAUUUAUUGCAAAUUAUCGACGACAAAUGCAAACCUCCCAACGAAGCCCCAAAGGAUGAUAACGAAGAAGUUGACAACGAAGAUUCCAACAAUUUCAAACAUUUAUGGGAAUCAAAGAACUUAAGUGACUUUACAAUUUUUGUUGAUGAAUCAAAUGCUUUUCAAGUUCACAAAAUUGUUUUGACUUCAAGAAGUUCAGUUUUUCGUGGACUUCUUGUUGAAGAUGUUAAAGAAAUGAAAUUGGAAGAAUUUGAUGUUAAAGACGUUAAAGAUUUCCUUCGUUAUCUCUACACUGGACAUCUUUCAAUGGACUUUAAUGAAGUUCCUAUUCUCAAACUAGCUACAAAAUUCAACAUUAUUAAACUGAAAUCAUAUUGUGAAAAUGAAAUUUUAAACACUUUCACUAUUGGAUAUUUAACAACACCCGAUCAAGUUAAGCUUUCAGCUUUGCAAGAGUUAAGAAAAAGCUUUCAUCAAAUUAAGACGUUGCCUGACAGUUUGAUCUUCAAACCUGAUUUACUGGAAGAAAUUAUCAAAAUGAAGCAGAAACUCGAAGUUUUACUAGAGAAUUGUGACGUCACAUAA